AUUUCAAUACCAAGAGCGGUAACCCCGAGCUACACUUGGGCUUACCAUGCGGCGUUGCUCAGGGAGUCCCUGUAGCACUUACUUUGUCCUUUGCUCCCGCUAUGUGUCCCCUGCAGCGUCCCUGGCCAUCUCCUCCGGCCGAUGCCGGCAUCCGGCUUCCGUGUUCUGGUCCCUGUGACGUCGGGACGUACGGGCGCUGGAACCGGCGGGAAAUUUGAAAUUUUUAAAAAAUGUCAUUUUUGCUGUCAUUUGCUGAGUGUGCUUUGUCCUGUCCCCUGUCUGCAUUUUUACUGUUCUUUC